AUGCAGCUCAAAGACCGCACCUUCCUGGUCUCCGGCGGCUCAUCCGGCCUCGGUCUCGCCACCACACAGCUACUCGCCUCGCAUGGCGCCUACAUCUCCGUCCUCGACCUAAACCCUCCUCCUACAUCCGCCUCUCUUCCCUCCUCCCACAUCCUCUUCACCAAGACCGACGUCUCCUCCACCCAAUCACUCCAGGCCGCCGUCACCGCUAGCCUCGGCUGGAUCACCCGCACCUCCGCUCCGCUCUCCGGCGUCAUCGCCUGCGCCGGCAUUGGCACUGCAGGACUAGUCUUGCCCAAGCAGUCAUCUGACGAACCCAAGUACUACGAUAUCGCUGUGUUUGAUCGCACGCUGGCAAUCAACUUGCGCGGAAGCGUCGAUCUCAUCCGUCUGGCUCUUCCACAUAUUGCGCGCAACGAGCCCUGGGGCCCAGAUGGCGAGCGCGGCGUGCUCGUGGUGGUCAGCAGUGUCGCCGCAUUCGAGGGUCAGGUAGGUCAGCUGGCAUAUAGUGCGAGUAAGGGAGCAGUGCGGAGUAUAGUGCUACCGUUAGCGCGCGAGUUGGGCCCAAAGAUUGGAGUGCGGGUCCUUGGGAUCGCGCCCGGUGUAUUUGAAACAGGUAUGACGGUGCCAAAGGCGAAGGCUCCAGCCAAAACAACAGCCCAGCAAGAGCGUGCGCAGAAGCCAGAAAAGAAACCGACGGGCCAGAGGGCGGGCGUGAACCCCGAGAUGGUGAAUUAUCCCGUGAGGAUGGGCAAAAGCGAGGAGUUCGCGAGGCUGGUCAAGGAAAUCAUCGAAAAUCCGAUGCUCAAUGGAGACACGAUACGGUUGGACGGAGGUGUGAGGAUGCCGAGUCGGUUGUAA